GAAUCGAAACCGGAUCGCGAAGUGCAUUUUUUCGUUUUUUAUUAAAAAAAAAAUAUUUAAAUAAUUUUAUUUGACAAAAAAUAAUUUUUGUGAUUAAUAAAAAAAAAAUAAACAAAUAAAAUUUUUAAUUAAAAUUUUUCAAAGUAAAGUCACGUCAAAAUCAUAAUAUUUGCGAAAUUUACGCAUACAGAAAAAAAACAACUCUUUACGAGUGAUAAGAAAAGCAGUGUGUGACACAAUUUACUCACACAACAAAUAAUUCCGAAGCAGCAACGGGUGCGAAAUAAUUUUUGCGUUAAAAGCAACAAAACCAACAGAUGUUUCUAAUGUGACAAAUUUAUUAGUCUGGAGAGCCGAACUUUAUUAAUUCCAAUUCGACAAGUUCGGGCAAGUGUGCAAGAAAUUACCUUCACCUUUCCUCCGAGAGCGGUACUAACGACAUUCACCUGUUGCUCGAAGCUCAUAAAUUACCGCAGAGAAAUAAAUUUACAAAUUUUUUUUUGUAUAACGAGACAUGAAAUUAAAGUGAUUUACUUUAAAAAAUUAAAAAAAAAAAAAAAAGAAAUUAAUUAUUAAAGUUAAACAAACAUUUUCAUCGUUUGCUGAAUUGUUCUUGCCUUUUGCAUGGAAAGAGAUUUAUUUGUACGAUUUUUGACAUCGUAGACAACUUUAAUUCUGUAUUAAGAGGAAGCCCAUCGGAUUUUUGCUUAUGGGGAAAUGUGUUUCGAAGGGAAGUCACAUCAGCAGUCGUCGUUCGCUCCAUCAAGACUACGAUGAACGCGAUUUAGAGGAAAUUUGCGCUCUUUAUCGCGAAAAUAACAAUUUGCGUCAACAACGAGCUGUAACGAAGAAUGCGCAGGGUCAAACUGAGAGUAAACGCAGCACAAAGGUCAAAGGACCUGAGACAAAAGGCACCGCCAUGUCUUUUGGAUUCAAGAAAAAGUCGUUGCCAGUUUACACGGGAGCUACGAAGAAAAUUCCCCUGAAGACCGAAAUGACGAAUGACGAUGCGAAUGGAAACGGGUCAAUGGAUUCAGUGCACGAUAACAGCGCGUCAAGUGGCAACAACAACACUAAUAGGACACGUUUGAAACCACCGACAAAAACAAAAGACACAACUGCAUCGAAUGUGCGUAGUAAUCGUUUUGGAUUUCGUAACACAAUUCGGCCUGCUUCAGUUGGCUUGCAGCCAAAGCAUACUGAUGUCUUCUCGGGCGACGAUGAUGAUGCCGCUGCAUUGGAGGAGAAGCAUAAUAAUAACAGCAGUCAUAGCACAGAUGCGGUUGCGGCGAGUUGUGUAAAGACGCCAUCCGUGAAAAAACGUUCGAAAAGUGCAGCGGCAACGACUCGAAAUACAGUUGUGUCGUUCAAUGAAACGGUAAUGGUUCAGCCUGUACCCGUGGAGCGACGCAAAUCGAGUUUAAAAGACACAAACCCUCCGGGAUCUCUCACCGCAAAGUAUACUCUUCAUUCGACGAGUCUUCCCAAACCCCAGCAACCGAUUCCAAUACAAGUCAAACCCGCAAUGGAUACGAAAGACUUCAAACAUGCCAUGAAUCUGAGUCGUCGCCAAUUCUUCGGGCUCUCUGAUUCAUCAGACUCGGGCGUUGUAAGCGACGAUUCUCGUCGUUCAUCAAAAGUCGUUCCCGGAACUCGUUACGUUGGCGCACGAAACUUGGAGAUGAUCCGAAAUGGGCGUCAUACCUUCGAGGUUCGUGAUUUGGAGAAUUUGACUCCAGUUGUUCCCUUGGCAUUGCCUCGACUUCCCAGCGUCUUCAAAUCCAAUCAACAAGCGCCCAUUGGGGACUUACUUCGUCCUGAUAAUCGUUCGGAAGUGCGACAACAAAGUUCAUUGGAGUCUUUGGCGACAACUGAGAGUACGGAGGAGGAGAAACUUCAAAAGGAUAACAAUAACUCGGAGAAAUCCAUGCUCUUUACGAAGACUUUGUUAAGGGAACAUUCAACAUCGUCUAAAAACUCAUCGCCCGGAAGUUCUCGUCAUUCAUGGUGCAACGCAGGAGAGUCGAUGGCAGUUAAGGAUUGCAGUAGCAUCAGUUCCGAUAGCGACGUUGUUGGAGGAGGAGGAGGAGUUCGGCGGAAUAAUGUUUUAAAUGAAGCCUUUGUUCGCGGUAACAGUUCCAUCGAUGAAGAGAGUGAAGAUCUUACCUCAUUGACAGGAACUGCUCCAACUACUAAUUCCAUUUCCGGGCUUUCACUUGAGUUGAAACAUUCCACGAUCUACAUCCAAGACAGCAAUCGCGAAGCUGAAAGAGAAACUACCAAAGAAGAAGCCAAAUUUGCUGAAAUUGCAGCUACUCUUGAUAAUGCGAAUCUCCUGUACGACGAAACCUCGCCCACAGACAGUAUGGCAAGUAGUUCGUCUGAAUCUGAAAACGCGAAGAAACAAAAGAUACAAAAAACUUUGGCGGAAUGUUUAGCGGAAAAAGAUCAAAAAGAUUUGGAAGAUAUCUCACCUGAGCUCGAAGCUGUUUCUCCUUUAUCUCCUGGGACGCCGACCCAUGCUUCAAAUUCCCUUUCUUUGAGUGAUGUUGGUCGAGAUUUCCUCAUAGAUGAUGAAAUAGCAGACCAACCAGCUUUAUUGUUCAAUGACGAUCAACCGAGUCAAGCUCAUGGCGGCGCAAGUGAAGGUAUCACGGAUACUCCAACUUUAAGAGAUUCGGUUCACAGUUCAGUUCGAAGUUUGCAAAAAACUCCUGUUCGAAAGAUAAUGACAACGUACGAGUCGCCUGCUUCAGUCAGACGACCAAAAAUGAAUCUCUCGAGAACAGGAUCUCUUGAUACCUUGUCGCCAUGUGAGUCGAUCGCUUCUGAUGAUUUAAUGGUUGAUUUUGAUACGAGAAGUAGCAUGGAUUCGAUUGAAUUGCAAAAUAUGCAGUCACACAAUAGCAGUGGCGUGUCAGCACGAAGCUCAACAGAUGGGCUUCUCAAUUGGCAGGAAAUGGAACAGAAAACUGGAGAUAUGAUCAAAGAUUGGAAUAAACUUAUUAGAGCCAAUCGUCAUAGUAGUCGCGAAAGCAUAACAUCUCAACUUCCCGCGAGAACCACAAGACUCCUGAAUCGCCGUCUCCAAAACAACAGCAGCCAAAGCCCAAGUCACAAUGGAUCUGACAGUCCGCGAUCCAUUGACUCCUUUCCAAAUCGUCGCACACCGAGCAAGCCGUCCCCUUUGCUACAAAGAUCCACAGAAGAUAUCGAUUUGAUUGACAAAGCGAUGAAAAACUCACUUUUACAGGAAGUUUCGUGCGUUAAGAAGGAAUUGCUCCGUUUGAGGAGAGUUUUACAGGAGGAUGAUUUUAAUUUAGAGAUGUCUGAUACUCUCAACCCAUUUGACACGAAUGGGCAAAUGAAUCCUGCUGUUCUUGAUGAAAAUCGUCGCAUUGACGAACUUUCGCAGGAGUCUGGCUUAUUGACGUUGAAGGAAGAUCAACGAGCUGAACUUGCAGAUUUACGACGUCAAGUUGUCUUUUUACAGAGUCAAAUUGACGAUCGCGACCGAACAAUUCGCAUCCAAGCAAACACAAUCACCAAAUACGAGUCGCAUCCGGCGCCAAAUCCCAAUUCGCUGAUGAACUCUGCUUCGUCGAACGCAACAACGAACACUUCUGGCAUGGGCACGAGCGUGGAAAUGGUCAGCACUGCAACACAAACCGAACGACUGAGACCGAUUUCGAUGGGACCCGAUUCGCAUGGAUCGUCGUUGUCGAGUCGCAGUGAACUACCUGUACCAGUAUUAAAAGUAACUAAACCCUCUAACAUCCCGCAACAUCAACAACAGCACACCGUCGUGAUCCAACAGCAACAACAAUCACCCGCUUUCCUCAAACAAACGCAAGUGUCAAGUAUUUACACAAAACUCUCCUCCAUUAAACCCACAACGACACUCAAUGCCGCAAAUCGACAAAUGCUCACGCAAACGUCACAAUCGCCGCAUAAAACAGUAAGAACCACGCAAAUUGGCAACGUGAUGCCGUCAAAAACUGCUGUAAAUGCUGCUAACUCCAAAAUUUACAUGAACGGCAUGGGAAAAUUGCUGGCGAAUCACAAAUCGUCGCCGGAGUUGCGAAUGAAUGGCUUGUCGCGCGUCAAUGGCGUCAGUAAUGGAAAGUAAUCGCUUAAAAAAAAAAUGAUGAAAAAAAUUAAAAAAUAGUACAAGUAUAUUAACAACCAUUAAUUGUAACAAGAAAUGAUGCUUGAAAAAUGGUUUUAAUUGAAAAAUAUUUUUUAAAAUUAUUUAUAAUUAUCGCAUGAAUUGAAUUUGUUAAAAAAUUUAUAAAUAAAUAGAACAUUGUAUCAAUAAAAAUUUAAUUUAAUUUUUUUUUUUUUUGGUUAAAAAUUUUUUGCUUCCCUAAAUAAAUGGAAAAUACUGGAAAUAAAAAUAAUUUUAAUUUAAAAAAAUAAAUAAAAAUUUUCUUUGAAAUAAUUAAUUAAUUAAAAAUUAUUAUUAAUUAUUAAAUAAAAUUAAUUAGUCGACUGACUAAAAAAAUGAAGAAGUGAUAGCUAAUGCUAAGGAUAUAUAAUGAACAAUUAUUGAACAUUAAGAUUAAUAUUUAACAAAAAAAAUAUUUAUAACCUCU